AGAUCAUUCUAAACUUAAGUUGAAGUGUAAAACAUUCCCAAAAUAGAGAGAGAGCAACAAGAAAAGAAAAAAUGAAGAUGAUUAAAAGAUAAAUAUUUGCAUAAAUCACGUGCCCCGUUGGCAGCAUUAGCAGAAGAAUUAACUUUUAAAAAUAAAGCGACAGCUGCCAGCUAAACAAAGAUAGAGACAGAAAUCGAGAGAGCGAGAGAGAGAGAGAGAGAGGCAGAGAUCUAGUUGAUGAUGGAGAUGGUUAGCAUCGAGCACCGGUUGGAAAUUUAUGUAAAUGCAUUUGCGGUGGCCCGUGAACUUGAAACAGAAACUUUGCCUCCGGAUUCAGUUGUUUAGCAACUGCUGAGCCAAGCGAGUCGGCGAGCGUGUGUAUUGAAUAUCGAGCAGCGAGCCAAGAAUCGAUAGUCGUGAACCGAGGGCCGAGAGUCGUGAGUCGGUAGUGUCGUGUACUCAGUAGCUGGUGUCGAGUGAUAUUUAUAUUUAAUCAUGGCAGGCAACAUGGACGUGCAUAGGACGUGCCUUUGCCUGGUAGCUCUGCUGCUGGGCGUAGCAUGCGCCGCCGGCCCCGCCUACCUGCCCCGCCAGACGCCCACGCAGCGGCCGACCCAGAGCGGCACAUACUUCUAUGAUCCGCCAAGUGCGACGACGAUGGCGGCGCUGCGUCGCAUCAUCCAGGGCCACCUGCAGCGCUUUCAGAUGGCUGACAGGCAGCGUUUACAGCAGUGGCAGCUGGCUAGGGUGGAUGUGCAGAUGCAGCCGAAUCGGCAGCUGCAAUCAGCUCCGACCACCAAGCAGCUGACUUUCGAGUUCAUUCUGCCACCGAAUACGCCGACACCGAAGAACUAUGCGAUGAACUUUCUGCCGGAGGGCAAGGAUGUGGCACCCGGAACUUCCUACAUACCGUUACGGCUGGUGCGGAUACGGCGUUGAAUACACAUGAUUGAGCCAGCGAGACCGAUGGAGAAAUACAAAUGGAGAGAGGGGGGAGACAGAUGCGUCGGCAUCGUCUGUUAUUCAAAUGAGCCGAGGCGAUGGCAGUCGCAAUGCCGUUCUCUAUGAGCAGCCGGUAAAUGAGGUUAAUUUGUUAUAAUCCUACUGGUUGUUAAAUAAUUUAACGAUACAUGUAUAUAUUUAAAUAUAACGAGCAUAGACUAAGCGUUCCGUAUUCUAACAUAAGUUCAAGCCAAUUUGUUGACUAAGAGCACAACCAAAGCAUAACUCUGAGUUACGGCCUUUUUUAAAUUUCAGCCUCCAAAUUGCGGAAUUAGAUAAGAAACCAAAUUAAAUAAAUAAAGCCACGCAUAGCUCGUAAUGAAACACACGCAGAAAAAAAACAUUCACCGAAAUUAACUUUGUCAUAUCAUUUACAUAAUUUAGAAGCGAUAAAUUAAAACGCACCAAAACGCGACCGACAAAAAGCGGAAAAAAAACU